AUGAACUCAAAUGAUAGGACAGAGGACUUGGCCUCAUUAUUUCUACCAGAAUCGCUACAACAGACGCCACAAGUACCAACUACUCCUGCAACUACCUCAAGCAUGACUGAAAGGCUAGUCGACAACUCCAACUUUCUUCUUCCAAAAGAAAAUACUACGUCCACUUCAUUGCCCAACUCCAGUUACCAAGAUUUCCUCAAUAACAAUAACUUCAUCAACAGACCAACGGGGGAUGAACAAGAACAACAGCAGUUUUCUCAUGUCAAUCAUUAUGCACCAUACCUUCCCUAUGACGCCAACUUGCUCUCCCAUUAUCCAAACUUUCACAAUCCAAUGUAUCCAUACUUUCAGGAGGAGAUACAGCCAUAUGGCACAUUCCAUCCAAAUGAACCAUUGCAGAGAAACCAGCAGUUUGAAAUGGAUAUUCCAGCAGAGGAGGAGGUUCGAGAGCCCAUCAGUCCGAAAAAGAAGCCCAAGGGAAGAAAGCGGGAUCUCAAGCAUUCGCUUGUUGAAAUAGACUACAAGCCAGCCAAAUUGAAAAAACUUUUGGACCUCACCCAUUCAGGAGCUACUAGCAUGAACGAUUACAAGAUUAUCGACAACAACAAUAAAGAAGUUGCCGUUGCAUUUAGUGGGUUUCUCAAUGGGAAAUUCUUCACCAACGACACCGAUAACAACAACUACUUGUUCACCAAGAAUGAACUCCAAAAGGUAGAGAGUAAACCUCUUGAGGAUCCUAAGAUUGUGUCUUGCUAUAGGCGAAAUUACAUUCAGGUGUUGAUGAACAUGAGACUAGCUGGUGUCACCAAUGAUUUCAAAUUGCUCAAGUUGCAAACAAGUGAGUACGGGUACUCCACAACUAGAGUUAUAAAAUACUUCAAGAUUGAAAUCCAAGCAGUGACUAAUAUAUCCAAUUCCAAUAGCGUCCCCAUUAUAGUAAGGAAUAGUGAAAAGGAGGCGGUGAAACAAGAACCAAAGGACGAUGUUGUCCAACCUACGAGUAUAGGUGCCGAGCAUGUUGUUGUCCUAAAUGAUUCUGGAGUUAAUAAUGAAUUGGACAAAUACUUUGUGGUGAGAAAGCUACAGUUUAAGAAUGCAACGCCCAAUAAUGGUAAUCUCACUUUUCAGAACUACUACCAUUUAAAGGUGAAGUUGAGUUGUGUGGUUGCCGAUAUCUACUAUGAUGACUACGUUGAUGACAUUGCUAACCUAAAUGCCAAUGGCAACACCAAUGAGUUUCUUCUUGCCGAAUUGGUAAGUGAGCCAAUCAUUGUUCGCGGGAGAAACCCUAGUUUUUACUCGGAACGUAAAGAUGUUUUGAUAAGAUGCCGUCCUUACUUGUCGAAAAAGAGUUACCAAUUGGCUACUGAGCUGGUCAAAGACAAAUUGGAGGACGAUGAUGAGCAUGUGAGUUUGGAGUUGACUGAAGACGAUAUCGACGAGCAGGAUGAUGGGCAUGUAUCACCCACUGAUAAAAGCAAACGAGCCAACUCUACUAAUUCCGAUAUCGAUUUGAAUGAAAUCGAUGGGUAUAAAUACUAUCCUAUAUCGAGUCAUUAUUAUCUUCCGCCGGUAAAUGUGGUAUACUUUCCCCAUCGUGCUCAUCAUCCUAUUGAGAAAGACGAAUAUGAGUCGACUGUCGAGCCAGUGGUACAAAGGAAAAGCUCAAAUGUGUAUUUUAAAUAG